GGGGCUGAGUGGAAGAGGCGAGGAGGCCGCGGGUUCCGCUUCCGGGCCGGCAUUUUCCUUGCGUCCGAGGCGGGAAAUGGCGGCCGGCCCGGCGCCGCCGUUGUUGCCGCCGCCGGGGGAGGCGGGCGCGGGGCCGCCGCCCAGCCCGACCGCCGCCGCCGCCGCCGCCCGGCGGGACCCGCGGGUGCGGUGCGGCUCGCGGCGCGGCCUGGGCGAGGUGAUGGCGCUCUGCGCGCCCUUCGUGCGGGCCCUGGCCCAGGGGCAGCCGGGCGGACCCGCCGCCGCGGGAGACGCGCUCUGGAACUUCGAAACAGCGGUGCAGGAGAACGUUACCGUUAAUGGGCAGCCCUGGGAGGAGACGUCGGAUGACUCCGAGCUGCAGAGCGGUUCCAAUAUCAAAAUUCUUGAAGAUCAAUUUGAUGAGCUAAUAGUAGAGACAACAAAAAAGCGUAAGCAGUGGCCUAAAAAGAUACUGAUGCAUGCUAUCCAAACCAUGAAAGCAGAGCAAGAGUUGUUGAAGCUCUACCAGCCUUUUGUAACACCAGAAGAGAUAAGAUCACAGCCUUCUCAAGGGUCACCAGUCUUCUAAUCCCAAUAAUCUACUGUAAGAAUGCUUCAUUAUGGACAGGACAUAUCCUUAUUUUAGAGAAUGUCCAUUCGUAGACUUCUGUGGUGUGUUUAAAGAGGCUGCUGUUGGACUGGUUUUCCUUCCAAACUCUGAAUGAUGGUGCAUUUUAGCAUCCAUGUCCACACAUGGAUCAUGCAUUCCUAAACCAUGUCUGAUCAGCACAUUGGGCAUGUGGUCAGACAAUUUAACAAAACACCAUCUCUUGCUGCUUACUACGUUUCAGCAGGAGGUCACUGUCACCCUGUGCUAGAAUAUAGUGAUUGACCUAAAUUAUUUUCAGUAGCACUAAUGAGAUUGACUUCAAAGCAGAAUGCUGUGUUUAACCCUGAAAGGGUUCAGGGGUGUGUGCACCAUGUAUCCUACUGCAGGCACUGGUGAAACCUUACAGAAAAAUAAUAGUAGUGGAGGUGAGGCUGCUUCAUUCCUAGGAGCACGCUUGCUUAUCUGCUGAUUUUAAGUUUUGUUGAUGGCAUAGCACUGCGGACAGAAUAAUGGUGGAGAACAUGCAAAACAGUUUUAUAAUAACUUGAAGAGUUUAACUCCUGAGUAAAGAAUUAUUAUUGCUUGUAAAUUAAUCAUUAAAAAUGUAUAUUGUGUUGAUGAUCUUAUCAUAUCGCUACUGCAAUCAAAUAUAUACCUUUUCCCCCCAGUAUUCUGCACCUGCUGUCUGCCUCAGUGUUCCUGAAAGCUUCUUUUUCUUUCUUUUCUUAUUAACCCAGCAGAAUUAAUGCAGUUCAUGUUGUUUAUGCUUGGUUCUUUGUCAUUCUUGCUGUUAAUGCUUGCUAAGUUAAGCUGGGAGAAAAAUGUAGCCUUUACAGUUCCAACAAGUCAGCUUUUACAGUAAGAUGAUUUUUUCCCCUCCUUAAAAUGGAUUUCCUUCAUCUCAUUUUCUCCACAGUUGUGUUUAUUCCCCUUCUUUUGUGCAUUUUUAUCAAAUGUAAUAUGAGCUUGAAAGGUUUGAAAACAGAUAUUUUUUCUUUUUUUUUUUUCUAAUUGGUCUCUUCCUUUAUGUCAAAUACUGUCUUUGUGUCUCAUGUUUUGUAUAAGCUGUAGGUUUUCUAGUGAAGAACUUUGUGGCUUGCUAUAGUUGAGACUGCUAGACACUACUACAUUUUGAGUGAUAAUAGUAAGACAAAACAUACAAACUGUUGUCCUCUGCUAUAAUGAAAGAGAUGUGUUGUAGGUUUAAGUUUUAUACAGGGACUCUGCUGCUUUUCUGUCUGAUUUCUAAGAAGUCGAUAGCAAGUAUUGGGGGGAGGGAGUUAAGUUUCAGAAGUUUAUUUGGGCUCUGUUUUUCUGUAGAUGCUUACAUCGCAGAUCUGAAGCAGGUGACAGAAAUGGCAUCCAAACAGAUCGGUGGAGCAAUGAAGUCUCUCCCAGCACUAAUAGAAAGAGCAGAAGGUUUUUCCCAAGCGUUAACUUGGCAACCAACCUUGGAACUCUGCAAGCUGCGGCAAGAAGUCUUUGCUGGUUGCAAGGCGAAGGAGGAAAAUAAUGUCCAAAAUUUCGUAUCACCAGGAGAAGUCACACCAACAGAUGCUGAUACCAGUAAAAAUGCUUACGUUUUGCUAAAAAAAAAAAAA